AUGGAGAGCCAAAGUCUAGAUAUCGUGUCAACUGCCCAGGGUCAGAAAUCCGAGUUGUCUUUGGGUCUUGAAGCCGCUCAGCAUUAUCUGUCGAAAUCCGUACGAAGCUCAACAAAGCAGCAGUACGACCGCGUGUACGGAAUCUGGCGUGAUUUUUGCUGCCGAAACCAAGUACCAGAGUUUGGGGUUGGUCAUGAGCAUUUGGCCGCUUGUCUAUCCCUCGUGAUGAUGCGGGACCAGUCCUAUUCCAAGGUUGUUAUGCUGAGUGCUGCCAUUGCUAAUGAGCAUCGGAUUCGUAUGCUGCCGUCGCCGACAACUCAUGAAACAAUAUCCACUUUGUUUCGUGGGUUUCGUAAUGAACACCCACAGACUCGUGCUGCCAAAUUGCCAAUUACUGAAGAAAUUCUGGACAAGAUGUAUGCCCACCUCUACCAAACUCAACAUGGAAGAGACGGACUGCGGGCGUCUGUUGUUCUCUGGAGAACAGUAUGGAGGAUCUCGAUGGAGUAUCACACUCUCGGAAGGUUUAGCGACAUCGUCAAGCUUUGUAGAAAAGACGUCAACUACGUCACGGACCCUUCGCCCCAUCUGAGGAUUUUAUUCAAAGGUGGGAAGAACGACCAGUAUACCGAGGGUGGUGAGCGUGUAGUAGCCUCAAAUCCAGACGUUAAACGCUGUCCUGUUCAGCUUACGUUGAACUAUUUCCGAUUCCUUGGCCUUUCCUACGAUGGUUAUCUCGUUCCUUUGUGUACUGCCAAAAAUUCCCCAAAUCCUGCCAAAUCUGUACCAUACAGUGGGGCUUUGACUGACCUGAAGAAGUUGAUGAACUUGUUGGGUUACGACGAGAAACUCUACGGUGAGCAUUCUGGAAAGAGAGGUGGAGCGACUACAGCAGCAGCUCAUGGAGCUACUGACAAACAGCUGAAACGUCUGGGAGGGUGGCGUUCCGAUGCAAUGCCCGCCAAAUAUGUUGAUCUCUCCAUCCCAAGUCGUCUCUCUAUGUCGGAGUUGUUGCAAAAGAAAGUUUGA